AUGGAGAACUUCACAGUGUUUAACGAGACUCUGGAAACUUGGACUGACCGCAGCGUUGAAUAUAAGGCGAUCAGCGUUCUCAUAGUGUUCCUCAUAUGCGCCCUCGGGAUAGUUGGAAAUGUGAUGGUCAUCUUGGUGGUCCUCACCACGAAACAUAUGCGGACCCCGACCAAUGGCUAUCUGGUUAGUUUGGCUGUCGCAGACCUGAUGGUGUUGGUCGCAGCCGGUCUGCCCAGCAUAGCGGACAGCUUGUUCGGAUCAUGGGUAUUUGGGCACGCGGGGUGCCUGUGCAUCACAUACUUUCAAUAUCUAGGAAUCAACGCAUCCUCGUGCUCCAUAACAGCGUUCACUAUAGAGCGAUACAUCGCUAUAUGUCACCCAAUCAAAGCGCAGUUUUUAUGCACACUCUCGCGCGCCAAGAAGAUCAUUAUUGGAGUUUGGGUUUUCACUUCGCUUUACUGCGUAAUGUGGUUUUACCUGUCCGACGUCCAACAGGUGCUCUAUAAGGAUGCGACUAUAAUAACGUGCGCUUACAAAGUGUCUAGAAACCUUUACCUACCCAUCUAUUUUUUCGACUUUGGCAUCUUUUUUGUUCUGCCCCUCACUCUUGCCACUGUCCUCUACGGCCUCAUUGCGAGAAUUUUGUUUCUAAAUCCUCUCCCGUCGGACACAAAGGAGGAAAAGAACGGACAUGGCAACUUCUCCAAAGCCAAAAGGAACAAGCUGAAGAGUUCCAGCCGCUGCUCCAGUACAACUGCAGCAUCCAGAAGACAGGUUACAAAGAUGCUGGCAGUGGUGGUGAUUCUGUUUGCUGUGUUGUGGAUGCCAUAUCGCACCCUGGUGGUGGUCAACUCCUUCCUCCAGGACGCUUACCUGGAUACCUGGUUUCUGCUGUUCUGUCGCACAUGUGUCUACCUCAACAGUGCCAUCAACCCUCUGAUCUACAACGCCAUGUCUCAGAAGUUCCGCGCUGCCUUCAGGAGGCUCUGCCGCUGCGGGCGCAAUGCUCAGGCCAAUAAGGCAGCCUAUAGUGUGGCAUUAACCUACAGUGUUGCCAAGGAAACAUCAACGGUGGAAAGCACAGGGCAUUUUUCAACUGAGAUAGACGAUUUGACUCCAACAGACGAGCUGUUUCCUGAUAAGAAGCUUCUGUACUCGGAAGACUGUGACUUUAGGAAGGAGACUUUCAGUCAGGCUUGA